AAGAAGAAACAAGAACCAAUUGAAACAAGGCAAAUAUCUGCAGCCAAGAAGAGACAGCAAAAAUGGUGGUGGCACACUUGGGGGCUAUUUCCUUUUCCUCCUCCUGCAUCCUUAGUUCUGUAUGUUGCCCUCGUCUCAGACACUUCACCAUUGACAAGAAUAAACCUCUAAUUGUGGCUGCAAUGAGUGAUGAUCCAAUUCGUGAAUGGAUCCUUUCAGAAGGAAAGGCAACACAGAUCAGAGGAAUCAGUCCCAUUGGUGGUGGGUGCAUAAAUCGUGCAACACGUUAUGAUACUGAUGCUGGUUCCUUUUUUGUUAAAACAAACAGGAGUAUUGGACCAUCAAUGUUUGAGGGAGAGGCUUUGGGUUUAAAUGCUAUGUACGAAACAGGGUCAAUCCGUGUACCAAAACCAUAUAAAGUUGGAUCUCUGCCAACAGGUGGCUCAUACAUCAUAAUGGAGUUUAUUGAGUUUGGUGCAUCUAGAAGCAAUCAGUCAGCAUUAGGAAGGAAGCUUGCUGAAAUGCAUAAAGCAGCAAAGUCUGAGAAGGGUUUUGGCUUUCACGUUGAGAAUACUAUUGGCAGCACUCCGCAGAUAAACACCUGGACAUCAGAUUGGAUCGAAUUUUAUGCGGAGCACAGAUUGGGAUACCAGCUGAAGUUGGCUCGUGAACAGUAUGGGGAUUCAACCAUUUAUGAGAGAGGACAAAGGCUAGCAAAGAACCUGGGACCUUUAUUCAAGAAUGUUGUGAUAGAGCCAUGCUUGUUGCACGGAGACCUGUGGAGUGGGAAUAUCACAUAUGACAAGAAUGGUGAACCCGUGAUUCUUGACCCUGCAUGUUAUUAUGGACAUAAUGAAGCAGAAUUUGGAAUGUCAUGGUGCGCCGGAUUUGGAGGAGAUUUUUACGAGGCUUACUUUCAGGUGAUGCCUGAACAACCUGGGUUUGAACAAAGGAGAGAUUUGUACAUGCUGUAUCAUUACCUAAAUCACUAUAACUUGUUUGGUUCUGGUUACCGCUCUUCUUCACUGUCCAUUAUUGAUGACUAUCUACGGAUGCUCAAUGUCUAGAUAGAUACUAGUUUUUUCAUUUUCUUGUACAUGUGAAGCUUUGUCUUUCUGUAGCUACCACCAUUUUGAAUAAGCCAGUUGUAUA